AUGGGGCCAUUCAAGGUAUCUGAACUUCCUGAAAUGGACCAAGCAGCAGUCGGAGGAAAGGAUAAAGAAGAAACUUCAACGCCCCCUAAAAGACUCCUCUCUGGGUGGGAUACUGUUGAGGAGAAGACUGCUCUGAUGGAGUCGGGGUCGUUUCUGAUGUCGGGAGUUGGUUUUUAUAUAAGGGAUUGGACCCCUAAUUUCGACCCAAGACAAGCUAAUCUUGAGGAAAUUCCUAUGUGGAUAAGACUGUACAAUCUCCCUCAUGAGUACUGGAAGGAGGAAAUUUUUAAGAGUGUAGGAGAGAAAAUAGGGAGAUUUAUCAAGUCAAAUGAAGCGGUUGAUAAGCUCAGUUCAUGCAUGUAUGCUCGUAUCUAUGUUAUGUGGAAGACGCAUCUUGGGCUACCAAAGGUAGUUGAAAUGAGGUCCCCAAAAGGAGUAUGGAGACAGGAUAUAGAAAUCGAAGAAAUCAUAGUCAAAUGUAAGAUUUGUAAAGAAUGGGGCCAUGAGGAUCGAGACUGUUUGUCGGGUCAAAAGGGUAAAGGAAAGGCAGAUCGUGCUCUGGAGGAGAAGCUAUUAGUUGGCGCGGUUGCAGAUCAGAGCUUGGGAAAUAUCAACCCGAGUUUUGUAACAGAGGCCGCUAGUGAUGAGGUCAUUCGCCUUUGCUCAGAUAGGCAAGUUGUUGAGUUCUCUCACGGGCAAGGACUUAGUUUGGGAGAAGAGAAAGAGGACCAAGUGUGUAAGGGUAGUGGCUGGGAAGGUGACUCUCAAAUUGAAGGGAAGCGGUUGGAGGUAGGUGUUGGGCUUGAUGAAAAGGACAUUCACAUGUCCCCAAGCAAGGAUAAUGGAGUAAUAGGAGAGUUGGGGUCAGAGGAGGAGGAAGGUUUAAGUGACGAUUCUUUUGGACUGUCAGCAGAAGUAGGAGAGACAGAAGUUAGGACCAUCAAACAGUCUAAUUUAAAUCCCCCUAAGUCUAAAGGGAAUUUGAGAGGAAGAAAGAAUAGACAGAGAUUGCUGGAGGAAGUAGACAACAUGAAGGGCCAGACAAGGCUUUUGAGAUUCGGGAGAGACUUAUUCUCUCCUGGGCAGCAAUGA